AUAGCUGGGAGCCCUUGUAGUGAAUUACAUAAACCCUUCUUUCAUAAUAACAACAUCCAAGACGCAUAGGGAAACCGACUGGGAUUUUAUGGAUGACUGACGCAGUGGAUGAACAUUUCAGUUCAACUAGCUUUUGUCGUGGGAAACUAUCUCGUUUUCGACAAUUAGGGUGACAUAGCCUACUAAUAGCGCUCUCCUUGCCAGGGCAUUGCGAUUUUUUUCGAACGUUGGUGACUCGGGCGAGAUCAUUGUUACAGGUGUUAGCCUACUCAUCAUCCGUGCGUAACCUGAAGGGCAAUUUUGCAACGUAGUUACAAUUUUGUUACAUUUAACCUGCAGAAAAAGAAAGGCAUUAAAGGACGUAGGCUGCAACAUCUGUGAUCAUUUCUCUAUUUUCAUCGUGGAUAAACAGCCAACGGAGGUUCCUUGCAGCCAUGGGAAAAGUUAUUGAGCAAGGUUGAAUCCAGUCAUCAUUUCUCGCUUGUUUUCAUCUUACAAUUUCCACACAAGUCUUGAUUUGUACUUGUGUCCAAAGUUGUCAUUGGCAUCCAGUGGACUCUGCAGUGAUAUUCGGUUAUCAUCCGAGGAGUUAUGGUGGUGAAUACAGUGCACUGGUUCAGGAAGGGACUGCGGCUCCAUGACAAUCCCUCGUUAAGGGACUCAAUAAGAGGAGCAGACACCUUGCGUUGUGUUUACAUUCUUGAUCCCUGGUUCGCAGGGUCUUCCAACGUUGGCAUUAGCAGAUGGAGGUUCCUGCUUCAGUGCCUGGAGGAUCUGGACGCCAGCCUCCGCAAGCUGAACUCGCGGCUCUUUGUCAUCAGGGGACAGCCCACGGAUGUCUUCCCCAGGCUAUUCAAGGAGUGGGAUAUCUCCCGUCUCUCGUACGAGUACGACUCGGAGCCCUUCGGGAAGGAGCGUGAUGCCGCCAUUCAGAAGCUGGCCAGUGAGGCCGGGGUGGAAGUGACGGUGCGGAUCUCCCACACACUCUACGAACUGGACAAGAUCAGUGAACUGAAUGGCGGUCAGUCUCCGCUCACCUACAAGCGUUUCCAGACGCUGAUCAGUCGCAUGGACGUGGUGGAGGAGCCGGUGGACACCAUCACCCCAGAGCUCAUGGGGCACUGUGUCACGCCCAUCAGCGACGACCAUGACGACAAGUUAGGCGUGCCUUCCCUGGAGGAGCUGGGUUUUGAGACUGACGGUCUGAGCACUGCGGUGUGGCCGGGGGGAGAGUCUGAAGCCCUCACUCGACUGGAGAGACACCUGGAGCGGAAGGCGUGGGUGGCCAACUUUGAGCGGCCCAGGAUGAACGCCAACUCCCUCCUGGCCAGUCCCACGGGCCUGAGUCCCUACCUGCGCUUCGGAUGCCUCUCCUGUCGGCUCUUCUACUCCAAACUCACAGACCUCUACAGAAAGGUGAAGAAGAACAGCGCUCCUCCGCUCUCUCUCUACGGCCAGCUGCUGUGGCGGGAGUUCUUCUACACGACGGCCACCAAUAACCCACGGUUCGACAAGAUGGAGGGCAACCCCAUCUGCGUGCAGAUCCCCUGGGACAGGAACGCAGAGGCGCUGGCCAAGUGGGCCGAGGGCCGGACGGGUUUCCCCUGGAUCGACGCCAUCAUGACCCAGCUGCGCCAGGAGGGCUGGAUCCACCACCUGGCCCGGCACGCCGUGGCCUGCUUCCUGACCAGAGGAGACCUGUGGAUCAGCUGGGAGGAGGGAAUGAAGGUGUUUGAGGAGCUGCUGCUGGACGCUGACUGGAGUGUGAACGCGGGCAGCUGGAUGUGGCUCUCCUGCAGCUCCUUCUUCCAGCAGUUCUUCCACUGCUACUGCCCCGUGGGCUUCGGCCGCCGCACCGACCCCAACGGAGACUACAUCAGGCGCUACUUACCAAUACUCAGGGGCUUUCCAGCCAAAUACAUCUAUGAGCCCUGGAACGCUCCAGAGGGAGUGCAAAAGGCAGCUAAGUGUAUCAUCGGCGUGCACUACCCCAAGCCAAUGGUCAACCACGCAGAGGCCAGCAGGGUCAACAUUGAGCGCAUGAAGCAGAUCUACCAGCAGCUGUCCUGCUACAGGGGACUAGGACUGCUUGCCACAGUGCCAUCCAACUCCAGCAAUGCUGCAGAGGGCAUGGCAGCAGGACCAUCCUCUGGAGACGGCACUCAAGAGGGCGCGUCAACAUCAGGUGGAUCUCUGAUGGUGCACCAAAGGGAGGGACAGGUGGGCACACCAGUGGGUGCCCAUGGCGAACCGUGCCAUGCCGAGACAAGCCACCACCACCAGCAGCAGCAGCAGCAGGGGUUUACAAUGGGAGAAGCCACUACAUCUCACAGACAACAGGCCCAACCUGCAACAUUACAAAGAGGGCGGGGCACCACGGGCACAAUAAAAAGACGCAAUGAGGACUUUGGCUCCAGCAGGUCGAAGGUCCAGAGGCAGAACAGCCACUAACCACACCACCACACCCACACAGUGCAAGUGUCUCUGUGUCACUUUGGUACAAUUAUUGAGUCAUCCCUAACAUUAACACAGAAUCCACAUUACAUAUGAGAAAAUACUGUAUUUAUGACCAUGUAAUUAUUGUACAUGUGUAUACAUAAUGGUGGUUAACCCUAGUUCUGACCUUACAUGCAAUCAGUCUCCUGAGGGGCUUCUUCAGAAAGUACUAUUGUUCAGUACUGGCCCUGUUCUCUGUCAGGGAACUUAGUCCUGUAUGUUUUGUACAAUUCAUUCUGAAAUUAUUCUGUUUAAUUCUAUAUAAUAAUAAUAAUUCUGUUUCUCCUUAAGUAAAAGUGCAGAGGAAGUCGUUUCUUUUAGAAAUAAAAAUGUCUCGACCUACAAAAUAUCAUCAUUAAGGUUUGGUAAAGGAAGCUUUUUCCAAUAUUCCUGUGCAUUUUAUGUUUGUUGUUCAUCAGUUUUUGGCCUUGUGUUGUAUGUCUUUGUAUUGUUAUGGCUCUGGAAAAUUGCCUGAACAAUACACAGCAAAAACUCAGGAUGCACAAAAUGGGUAGGAGUAUAAUGGACAGCUCUGUUCCACUAAAUUGCUCCUCUGUUGUAGGUCUAGAAACAUUUUUGUUUUUCAUAACAAAUCUAAACUUUCUCUGUGUUUUUAGAUGUUUGGGGGAAGGGAUUGAUGGUUAUAAUUCUCAUGUUGAAUCGAUGACAUUGGUUGAAAAAAAAAGUAGGAUUUGCUUGACCAGGACUUAAGGACAAGUGCAGACAACCAGCAGUUUUUCUAUGAAAAAAGUUAUUGUUUUUUUCCUAGAUUAGUUUGAUGUUGACUUUUUUUACAGCUUUGUAUAUGACUGAAAACAAUUUUUUAUUAUAUUGUAGUUAACUGUUCUUAACUGUGACGGGAAACAUACAUGCUAAAGUGUACAUACGUAAAAUAAAUUUCAUCUAUAUCAAUAUAUGUAUAUAUAAACAAUAUCUGUUCAACUGUAUAUUUCCAAUAUUUCUCUGUGAUUUGCUGUAGUUUGACCUGUUGCAUUAUCUGCCAAUUUUUUGUAUUGCAGAAGCUGAUAUUUGUGUAAUAUGCCCCGAAAAUGUAAUGUUAUUACUACUGCGGCUGCCCUUAAAUGUUCUGUUUUUGGGAGAACAUAAUGUUCUAUGUUUGAUUGUCAGCUAAUAGCUGCAUUUUUGAAAAUAAAGAAACUCAUGAAAUUA